AUGACCGAAUCACUUAGAAGUAAAUCCUGCAUCCAGGGGAACCGGCAGCAGACCAGCCGGCUACAACGGCGCGCCCCGGCGUCCUUGCAAAUCAGCGCUCCCUCUUCCAAUUGGAACGUGGCCAUUCCGCUCCUGUCCCCGCUCGACGCUUCGCCCACGUCUUCGAAAUUGGUGACCGAUCGGACGGUGGCUAUGAAUUCCAGGGAGGAGCAGAGGCAGCAGGGCGCGGAGCCGGAGAAGGUGGUGCUCAAAAAGUGGCAGCACCCGCCCUUCACCUACGAUCCUGCUCCGAGGGUCCGACCCUUUGUGCCCGUAUAA